UGAAAUUGUGGAACACAGUCCGCCAAUCAGCUGGGCGCUGUCCUCAACCCGCCGGAGCUAGUCAAUAUCUUUUUAAAGUUUUUAGUGAAACAAUUGUUUAGUGAAUUAGUGAAAUGAAUUUCAUCGUGUUUCUUGUUGUUUUGGUGUGUCUCGUUCCAAAAAUUAAAUCUUUUCAGAUACCAGAAGAUUUCGGCAAAACGACCCACUCGAACAACUGGGCAGUUCUAGUCGACACCUCUCGCUUCUGGUUCAACUAUCGUCACGUAGCCAAUGUCCUGUCAAUCUACCGUUCAGUCAAACGUCUGGGUAUCCCUGACUCCCAGAUAAUUCUCAUGAUCGCCGACGAUAUGGCCUGCAAUCCGAGGAACCCGCGUCCAGCAACUGUCUUCAACAACAUCAAGCAGCACAUCAAUGUUUACGGAGACGAUGUCGAGGUGGAUUACAGGGGGUACGAAGUGACGGUAGAGAAUUUUGUCAGAUUGUUGACAGGCAGAUUGCCCCCUGACACACCCAGGUCCAAGAAACUUCUCACUGAUGAGGGCUCAAAUAUCCUCAUUUACCUGACUGGUCACGGGGGCAAUGGAUUCUUGAAAUUUCAAGACUCUGAGGAAAUCACCAGCCAGGAUCUUAGCGAUGCUCUCGAGCAAAUGUGGCAGAAACGACGUUAUCACGAGAUUUUAUUCGUCGUCGAUACCUGUCAGGCCAGCUCAAUGUACGAAAAAUUCUACUCACCGAAUAUUUUGGCUGUUGCCUCCAGUCAAGUUGGAGAGGAUUCACUUUCUCACCAUGUGGAUCCAAACAUCGGAGUGUACAUAAUCGAUCGCUACACUUUCUAUGCGUUAGAAUUCCUCGAGACCGUCGAGCCAUCGGGGACCAAAACACUCAACGAAUUUCUGAAAGUAUGUCCGAAAUCAGCCUGCUUGUCCAAAGUGGGUGUUCGUACAGAUCUCUUUAAAAGAGAUACGAAAAAAGUUCCAGUGACCGAUUUUUUCGGUUCUCUGCGUCCAGUGGAAUUGAUAAAGAACAUCAUUCAUGUUAAUCCUGUGAAUACAACUCGAACCGAUGGCCCAGAGGUCGAGAAAAAAUUGUUCUAUAUGCCACAGUUCCCUGAUACUUCCAUAUAUUCAUAAGGAAAUAAAUAUCAUUUUCUAUGUAUAAUUUAUGCAUGAUGGGAAAUUUAUUUCUGACUACAAUUAUGUCGUUAAUGUCAUCCUGCAAUAAUUAAAUUUAAUUCAGAAUAUAUUUAGCAUUCAACUGAGGUGCUGAGGAGUACUUGUAGUAAGCAUAAGUUCAUACAGAACAUUUGAGAGAGUACUUUUUGUGCCGAUGGUUGACCCAAAAUUCCGUUACAAUUUUUAUCAUCAGUUAAUUCAUUAAAGAAAAAAAGAUUAGCAGAA